AUGAUGUCCGCAAGACCCCUCGUUCGCUCGACGCUCCCCAGAGCGUCGCGCGCCGUUCGCGUCCCCCGCCAGCAGCACCUCCGCCUCCAGUCUACCACAACCACGGCCUCAUCAUCAACAGCAGGAGGCGCUGGCUCCGGUAGCUCCCACUUCGGCGCUGGUGUCGCCGGUGGCCUCGCCGGCGCCGGCCUCUUCUACGCCAUCUACUCCUUCACCCCCGCCGGCCGCACCGCCUCCAAGGUCAACAAGGCCGCCAAGGAGGCCGCCCAGAAGUACUCCGUCGCCUCCCAGAAGCUGCAGGAGAACACCCCCUCCGCCGACCAGGCCAUCGACUACAUCAAGCAGUUCGCCUACUCGUACGUCGGCUGGGUCCCCGGCGGCCGCGCCUACGUCGACACCGCCUUCAACGACUUCGAGACCGUCCGCGAGAACCACAAGGAGGAGGCCGACAAGAUCGUCAACGACGCCUACAAGCAGUUCCAGGACGUCGCCAAGGCCGGCCUGAGCCUCGAGGCCGUCCACCAGGCCUACGACGUCCUCGCCGACGUCGCCAAGAAGAUCGCCUCCCUCGGCGGCGACGCCAUCGGCGACGUCGUCGACAACCACCCCCAGCUCAAGGAGAAGCUUGGCGGCAACAUCGACCAGCUCAAGGACAUGGGCGCCAAGUACGGCCCCGAGGCCAAGAAGCAGGUCGACGAGACCUGGGGCCAGCUCAAGGACCUCCUCGCCGGCGGCCUCACCGCUGGCAACUUCGAAAAGGCCCGCAAGCUCAUCGAGGACAAGGUCCAGCAGGUCCGCAAGCUCGGCGACGAGGCCUGGAAGAAGGCUCUCGAAGAGGCCAAGCCCCUCCUCGACAAGAACCCCAAGGUCAAGGAGCUCGUUGAGAAGAACGCCGACGCCCUGAAGCAGGGUAACGCCAAGGAGCUCUUCGACAAGGCCAAGACCGCCGUCGAGUCGGGCGACCUCGGUGGCCUCGAGACCUACGUCACCGACGCUGUCGACAAGGCCAAGUCCAAGGGCUCCCAGGUCGGCGAGUCCUUCGGCCUCGACCAGUACUUCAAGAUGAUCCCCGACGGCGACCAGAUCCUCCCCAAGCUGAAGCAGCUGCGCGAGGUCGCCGACAAGCACAAGGACGAGGGCGAGAAGCUGUUCAAGGAGACCAUCGAGGAAGUCAAGAAGGUCCUCGAGAACAAGGCCAAGAAGGCCGAGGAGAUUGCCGGCAAGGCCAAGAAGGAGGCCAAAUAG